CAAGACACGUAGGACGAAAAUGCCUCGAUCCCUAACACCAUCCAGAAGCAGGAGCAGGCCGCUCUCCUCACGUUCUCGUACUCGCUCGCCGUACUCAGACAGGAGCCCCUCUCCCCCACCGAAGGGACCGCGAACACCACACUUGAUUAGGAUGUUUGUCACCAAAGGAAGGCACGCUCCCCUGGCUGACUUUGAUGCCGGCCUCUUCCCGACACGAGACGAAUUCCAAGUUUACGCUUGGCAAACAUCAACCCCCAGUGAACUUAUAAAGCUUCUUUACCCAUCAUUCCCUGCUCCAUACCGAUCUCCUCAAACUCGAUUCCAUUUCCGACACGUUUAUGUUGAUGCCAGCCCUCGCGGCCUGUAUCGUUUCAAAGACCUUACCUCUUUCAUUGGUCGCGAUUUGCAAAGCGGCAGUAAUGAUGACUCUAUGGAUCUGGAUGAGGAUAGGGAGCUUGGUAGAAGAGGAAGGAAGAUUGAAGAGAAAUCAUUGGACGACUAUGGGUUCGUUACUGGAGACUUUUUGAGCGUCAGCAUUAAUGUCCCAGAACCCCGACAUCCUGUCAACUCACUCGCUGCUGGUGCUCUUGCAGGCAUUGCUGGUAACUCUUCCGCCGGCCCAGCCGGGUUGCGCGACCGUGAGGGCCCAAGAGGAGGAUUUGGCUGGGGUGAUCGGGGAGGUGAUCGAGAGCGACCGCAACGCGCCGUUGCGCCAUCUUCCGCGCCUGGAGAAGGGUCUGAUGCUACUCGAUGGGGACGGGGUGUCCCUUUGCCCCCUCAAGAUAGGACUGGCCCCCGGGGAGGGAGGGGAGGAUACGAGAGGGCAUCGUUACCUGAAGGAAGGUGGAACCGAGGUGAUGAUAGAAAUGGGCCCAGUGGACCGGCGAGAGAUAGAAGUAGGAGUCCGAGAAGGGAUCGAAGGGAGAGCUGGAGCAGAAGAAGGGAUUAAUAUCCAGGAAAGGGGUUGUGAAGAGAGAAGAAUAUCGGGGCAAAAAAGGAGUGUGGCAUUCUGCGUAUUAUCUCACAGCCGCACUAUAUCUAUGCAUACGAAACCGGAA